UCUCGCGAGCGGUGCAUGCGCCUCCCCCGGAAGUGCUUCUCUUUACCUAACGAGGUCAGUAAGAUGGCGGCUUGCUGCAUGUGAAGGGGACGAGACGGGAGCCGGCUUCAUGCUUCAGGAACAUGUUUAAAUCGCCAUGCAGCAGACUCUCGGGUCUGGUGGGUGCAAGUGUGAACCAGAAAUUAGUAAGAAAUGUCCCUAGAAGUAACCAGAGUGCUCGCAGCCUUAUCCAGCUCUGCAAGAGGGAGCCAUCACACUGGAUCACAUACCAGCAUCUGAACUUCCUGAAACGCCAGUAUGUGGCAAAGGACAACAAUGAGCUGCUGCAGCGUGCCAUCCCUAAACAGACACCUGUUCUGACUAUUGUGGACGAGCAAGAUGACAGUGUGGUGAGGCAGGUGCAACAAAUACCAACUAUUGAUCCGGGGGUCCCAGACCUCGUGCCUCAACGGCAAGAUGCCACCGGAGAAGCAGUGGCACAGCCUGCGACAUCCGCUCUCAAGUCCACCACGGGAAAGACCGCAGCACAGACGAAUUCUGUUCUCAGUGCAGUUGCAAACACAGAAGAGGUUCCCCAUGUGCAGGUGGAGACCGAUGAGGCCAGGGAGGCGCGUCUGGACAGACAGUGGAAGGAGCUGAAGGUUGAUUUGGCUGAGUUACCGGACAUCUACGCCAGACUCGCCAAAAUUAAACUCACAGCUCUGGUGGUUGUGACUGCAGCAGCCGGCUAUGCAAUGGCUCCAGUGCCCUUUGACCCAGCUAUCUUCAUCCUGUCUUCUGUGGGAACAGGACUCGCCUCAUGCACUGCCAAUUCAAUCAACCAGUACUUCGAGGUGCCCUUCGACUCCAACAUGAACCGCACAAAGAACCGUCCACUCGUCAGAGGGCAGAUCAGUCCCCUCCAUGCAGUGUCUUUUGCUCUUGCCUGUGGAGUUCCCGGGAUCACCCUUCUCACGCUGGCGGUCAACCCCCUCACAGGCUUCCUGGGCGUCCUCAACAUUUUCUUGUACACCUGUUGCUACACCCCGCUUAAGAGGCUCAGCAUCACCAAUACCUGGGUGGGGGCGGUGGUGGGUGCCAUACCCCCCAUGAUGGGAUGGGUCGCCGCCACAGGCUCUCUGGAUGCAGGAGCUUGGUUGCUGGCGAGCUUCCUGUACAGUUGGCAGUUCCCUCACUUCAAUGCCCUGAGCUGGAACCUCAGGGAGGACUAUUCCCGAGGCGGCUACCGCAUGAUGUCCGUCACCCACCCUGACAUGUGCAAGAGAGUGGCUCUGCGCCACAGCGUUGGCCUGAUCGGUCUGUCGGCCGUGGCGCCCUUGCUUGACGUCACCACCUGGACCUUCCCCCUGGUUUCCCUGCCCAUCAACCUGUACAUCAGCUACCUGGCCUUCCGCUUCUACCACAAGGGAGACCGCAGCAGCGCCCGCAAGCUCUUCUUCUGCAGCCUUUGGCACCUGCCCAUGCUGCUGCUCCUUGCCCUCACUUGCAAAAAGCCCCGCAAGGAGCAGGAAAGCCUGCCUCUACCUCCAGACUCACUGCCCCUCGCUUUGCAGAGCUAACUAGCUUCUUGGAUGCUCGAAACACUUUUGAGACCUCCACACACUUGAAGAGAUGCUCUCGAGGUGUCUCUCCCUCUCACUUGUAUUGUGUCUGGAGGGUUGGACACGGACACAUUAUUUUACCUGUGUAUGAGUGUGUUUGAACCUAUGGUGCUCUUUGCAGAUCAGGGCGUGGGCUGGAAACUGCUUGGCUAAAAAUAGAUGAUCACAAAAAACAUACUGAAUUGUUAAAUUCCUGAGUUACAUCAGGUUGUAAUAAUUUCAAUGUGUCUGUAAAUAUUCUAUAUUUAUUUAUAGAUAACCUGCUAGUCCCUCUCCAUGUUGUACAUGACUGAUGUUAAAUACCAUUGUACAGUGGAAACUAUUGUGUAUCUGCACAGGGGCCACAAUCUGCAAGUAAACCUGAUGCAUUGUAUAAAUGCAGGAUGAUCUAAAGAGCAAGAGGACAUGCAGUGGAACUUAAAUACGUGAAAUGUAAUCAACAGAGAACAGAUGCUGAUUCAUAGUUUGUCGGUCCGGUUAUUCAGCAAAUUUGAACAAAUUUGAAAGCAGCUCAGGCACUGCACUGACUCUGUAUUGAUUGUAACUUCGCUUGACUUUCACAUGAUCCAUGUUACUUGACUGUAUCGAUAGCUAAUAUGCCUCAUUGUCUUUUGCUACUCGGCAAAAACGGUUCUUCACUCAUUUACAUAAUGCUUUAAUUCAACAUGGUUCACCUUCACCAAAACAAGAGAAUAGUCAACCUCUGUAAAAGAUGAGGGCAAAUGUUCUCUGAUAAUAAAUGUGUCAUAAUUAU